CUUGUUUGGCUAAGCCGGGAAGUCACAAGCCUUUGAAUUCCACGUUAAUGUAGCCAGCCCCAUCCCAACUCUCUCCUCCUACAUACACAUAUAAACUUCAUGACUCCUUUGAUGAUGAGAUGUGAUUGAUGACUAAAUACACAAAACCCAAAAUUAAUUGAGUGAGGCCCCUCCGUUUUCUCGGUCAUUACACACCCUCAUGUGUCUCUUGCUUUGCAUUAACACUCUUCAUUUCCCUAAGGUCACUUCACCCCCUUUUUUUUCUCUAUUUUUUCCCUUAACACCUUCACAAGUAUCAAUCACUUUAGUUUUCUCCCCUGUUUUCCUCUGUUUCGGAAAUGAAGAGCUCUCUAUCUUCAACCACAUGUGGCAAGCUUAUGAUCCUCUUGCUCCUCCUCCUCCUCUUUCUUUUCUCUUCAGCCAAUUGCAAAGUUCCAUCGUCUUCCACUUCCUCAGGUAACAACCAUCACCCCCACUUUCGUUACUGUGACUCUUUUACCAAGAGAAACACACGUUCCUUGUGCAUUUCACUUCAAAGGAUCCAUCAAAGACUACUAACUCAAGCAGUUCCACCCUCCAAGGAGAAUGGAAUUGACCCAAGAUUUGGUGCAGAGAAGAGACUAGUUCCAUCUGGGCCAAACCCACUUCACAAUUGAUUAUACCAAUUCCCUAGCCACCAAUUUCACCACAGUUAACAUCCUUAUUAGGCAUAUAUAUAUAUAUAUAUAUAUAUAUAUAUAUAUCUUUGUUCUAGAACCAGCAUGUACAACUUCAAUAAACCAAUUUCAUCUCACCCUUUUGUGAAUUAAGUCAAAACCCUUUGAUUCUUUCUUCACUGUUCAUGACUACCACCUUUCUUGGUAACCUUUAUGGCUCUAAACACACGUUUAAUCUUCAUCAAGUUCUUGCAUACCCACAUGGCAAGAAGAUGGAAUAUUCAUGUAUCAAUGGCUAGAGCUACUAUGGCAUGCAGAAAGAAACAAUCUUUGGGGAGGUUACCUGUUCAGUCUCCAAGAACCAUGAUUAAUAUUAUCUUUUUUUUGGGUUGAAAAAAAAGUGGGAGAUCCGAUAUACUAUCGAUUAAAGCAUCAAUGACAUGUUGGAGUUAUCAGAAGCUCAGAACCAAGAUUAAUAUGAUACUUAGAUGAAGGUUCUAUAAGCUUGUCUUUUAUUUUUUGUGUGACAAAAAUUGUAUAUUGUAUUUAACUUUUUUUCUUUUCACUUUAGUAUUAUUGGGCAAUACCCUUUUGGCCAUUUCCAUGCUUGUUUUUGGUUCUGUGGUCAUGUAAUUAAGGACUAGGGUUUGAGAGAGGAUAGAGAAUGUUGUAGAAAAGAAGGGCUGAAUCUGAAAACAAGCAUGGAAAUGGUCCUUUAUGGGGCAGCUUUGAAGAGAAUAUGGUUGGAGUUGUAGGUCACGAUGACCCCAUGAGUUUCAUUAAUAUGGAGCCACCAAAGGACAAGGACGUAUCUAUUUAUGGUUUCGGUCUGUUUCUCAGGUCAAAUUGGGCUCAUUCUUUACACCAUGUCGGUCAGCAACAUUUUGUCUUUUUAAUUUCUAAAUAUUCCUUUAUAGUUAAUAUUUGAUUUAAUGGAUAUGCAUGGCUUCCCCUAUGUUGUUUUUUUAUUAUGCUUACGUGUAUCAUAUUAUUAUU